GCUUAUAUCAUAUGAUGGGCGGAAGACGGAAGGCGGAAUCGGCGAUUCGAUCCGUUCGCGCGACUCUCUCGGAGCAACAGGGCUUUGAUUGCAAAAAGAUUUAAAAAUUUUUCAAAUUAUACAACAUUAAAAUAUCAUCUGUUUUCGAUACAACAUUAUGUGAUAUAUAAACAUAUUUUUAAGAAUAUCUCGUUCAGCACGGUGAGAUAGACGCAUCCUUGGGAUUAAAAUUCGUUUCGAAUGUAUCGGUGAAAAAUUUGGCGAUUCUUUGCGUUUCUGGUGAGAAGAUUUUGCUUGCGAAAGGAUCGAAUAUUGGGUAUAAUAGACUUGACACUCAUGAUGGCGACCAAUUCUGCGGAUUUUACCGCGUUGAAACGACAGAUUUUGCUUUUUCUAUUUAUGUUGAGCCAAGUUAGUAAUGGUCACAAUGAGGAUGUAUAUACUCUCCAGUAUACAAGCGAGAAUUUUUCUACAGAGAUUGAAACAAUGGAUCAUUUUGUUAUGUUUUAUACACCAUGGUGUGGACAUUGCCAAAGACUUGGUCCUAUUUGGGAACGAUUAGCAGAAAUAUUAAAUGAAGAAGAUAGUACUGUAAGAAUCGCCAAAGUUGAUUGUACAACUGAGAUCACUCUAUGUAGUGAACAAGAUGUUACUGGCUAUCCCACGCUAAAGUUAUAUAAAACUGGAGAAACCAAAGGCAUCAAAUUUAGAGGAACUCGAGAUUUACCUUCUUUGUUUGCUUUUAUUAAUGAACAACUAGAUAGUUCCUUUAUGAUUGAAGAUGUUGCACCAUCUCCCCCAGAAGCAGUGAAUGGAUUGUUAGAAUUAACAGAAAAAACUUUUGAAAAACAUGUUUCUUUUGGACAUCAUUUUGUCAAGUUUUAUGCACCUUGGUGUGGACACUGCCAAAAAUUAGCACCAACAUGGGAUAAAUUAGCUAACAGUCUUCGUAAUGAUGAUAUUGUUAGUAUCUCUAAGAUAGACUGCACUCAACAUCGUAGUAUUUGUGGCCAAUUUGACAUUAAAGGAUAUCCUACACUGCUAUGGAUUGAAGAUGGGAAAAAGAUAGAUAAAUACAUUGGUGAGCGUACACACGAAGAGCUAAAGGCCUAUGUGUCGAUGAUGCUGAGUAAGAGUGUUGAUGAAUCGGGUCGAAAGAGCGAAAACAAUGAUAGUGCCCUGCAUGCUACAUUAAGUUUGACAGCCGACAGUUUUCAGCAUGGUAUCGAGAAAGGUUUUUCUUUUGUAAAGUUUUUUGCACCUUGGUGCGGACAUUGUAAACGCUUGGCACCAACAUGGGAGGAGUUGGGUAAGAAAUUUUUUGCUAACAAUAACGUGAAUAUCGCUAAAGUCGAUUGCACACUCGAUGGAAGCAAACAAUUGUGCAACGAACAAGAAGUGAUAAGUUUUCCGGCAUUGUUUUUGUAUCGAGACGGACGUAAAGUCCUUGAGUACAAUGGCUCGCGUAAUCUUGACGAUUUAUAUGAUUUCGUAAUAUAUCAUCUUCAAAAACCGCAUGAUGAAUUAUAAUCCUACUAUUGAAGCUGCUUUUUUCUCCAUAUUGGAAGAAGAAAGAAACUCUGAACUGUGCAAUCAGUUCAGCUAUAAAGAACAAACCUUAAGUCACACUAUAGUAUUUUUAAUCAAGUAAUUAAAUAAUGAUAUGUAUCUAUAUGUGACAUUGUAUCUAUCAUUCAUCAUCAGACAAGAAAAUAGUAAUUUUUUUCAUUUUUAUAUCUUGUAUGACAAAAGAAAAGAAAAAAAAACAGUGCAAUUAGAUUGUAAUCUCCAAGAAUUAUGUACUUCCGAAAUAUAUAUUUACAAGUAUAUUUA